AUGACCGACCAGCCUUUGAAAGUUCUUGUCGUGGGUGCGGGCAUUGCCGGGCUUUCUGUGGCUAUUGCGCUUGGGAAACAAGGCCAUCGAGUUGUCAUCAAUCGAUACGACACUGAGGGCGACUUGAAGUAUCAAAGGGAUUUUGAGCCCGUCAGGUGCAAUUGGCAGGCCGGAUGGUACCUUGUCCACCGAGUUGGCCUCCAUAACGCUUUGACGAAGCGUGCGCUUGAAACUGCCACUCUCCAUACAGGAUGUACAAUCAUGCGAAUCGAUCUCGAUGUGCGACGUCCAUCAAUCGCACUCGACGAUGGGCGCCGGUUUGAAGCAGAUCUUCUGCUUGGGGCUGACGGAUUGCACUCUCAGCUCCGCAGCACGAUUGCCCCGAUGGCGCCUCCUCCGUUCCGAGCGGGCAAGAGAUGCUAUCGCUGGACUAUUCCAACAGCUGAUCUGAGGACAGAUGAGUUGACUCAGGGCUAUUUUCAAGAGCCAGGGGUGUUCAGAGAGUUCGAAGGUCCAACCCGUCGCUUGGUCGCUUAUCCAUGCUCCGACAAUAACGUCGUCAAUCUUAGCGCGUUCAUCUCCACUAAUCCGAACCAGGAAGCCCAUCGGGAUGAGGGCUGGCAGACCCGCGCGGACAAAGCAGUUGUCGUCGAUGCCUUCUCCCAAUUUGGCACUGGAAUCAGAAAGUUGAUUGACAAUAUGGGCCAAGGUGGUGCAAUGGCUAUCGAAGAUGCGGUCUCCAUCGCCAUGCUGCUUCCAUUUGGCACGAAGCCACACGACAUUCCAGAACGCCUUGAGCUUUACCAGUCCUCGCGCCGGCCACGAGUUGAAAUGAUUCUGAACUUCACCCGUUGGAAUGGUCGCGACGAUGGACGAAUUUCACGUGUGUUCUCCUUCCACUCGGUACCCACGGACCCUGUUGACAAGUAG